CAUAUCGAGUUGUUCUUUCACUCUCUGGGUGACCACGGGAUCACUGCUCAGUCACUUCUCCCACCCUCCAGCAAUUGCCAGUAUCACCAUCAUGGGCAAUCCCAAGGUUUUCUUCGAUGUCACCGCUAAUAACAAGCCUCUUGGCAGGGUUGUUAUGGAGCUGCGUGCUGAUGUAGUGCCAAAGACUGCAGAGAAUUUCCGGGCCCUGUGUACUGGAGAGAAGGGCUUUGGCUACAAGGGGUCCACUUUCCAUCGUGUUAUCCCCAAUUUCAUGUGUCAAGGUGGAGACUUCACUAAUCAUAAUGGAACUGGUGGAAAGUCUAUUUAUGGUGCAAAAUUUCCUGAUGAGAAUUUCACCCUGAAGCACACUGGCCCUGGUAUUUUGUCCAUGGCCAAUGCUGGCAAAAACACUAAUGGCUCGCAGUUCUUCCUGUGUACAGUCAAAACCAACUGGCUAGAUGGCAAGCACGUGGUCUUUGGCAGCGUUGUGGAGGGCAUGGAUGUUGUUCGUCAGAUUGAGGGUUAUGGAAAGCCUAGUGGUGAUACCACUGCAAAAAUAGUAAUUGCCAAUUGUGGCCAGUUGUAAUUUCAACAUUCCUUCAUAAUGUGCCCACCCAGCCUAGAUCUGUGUUCUAUGUAGGCAGUAACAUGGGACCAUAAUAAAAACAUGGUUAUGGUUUCAAGUGCAUAGAUGUUAAACCUAGGAUUUUUCAUUUACAUGAUUUUUUCAUUGUAUUUGAAUGUCGACGCCAGGCUGAUAUUCAGUGUAUGUCGUCUUCUCACUUAUCAGUAAAAAUUGGAAGCUUUCAUAA